GUGAAGUCCUUUCCGGGAAGAGAACUGCCUGGCUGGUGUGAGGAGCAGCCGUGACCACAGAGGUGGUGGAGAGAUGGCCCUCUUCAGCGUCCCUUGUUCCUUCAUGAACCCAGUCGUCCCCUUCUCUGGGACCAUCCAAGGGGGUCUCCAGGAUGGACAUCAGAUCACUGUCAAUGGGACAGCUCUUCACGUCUGUGGAACCAGGUUUAUUGUGAACUUCCAGACCGGCUUCAGUGACAAUGACAUUGCCUUCCACUUCAACCCUCGGUUUGAAGAGAGCGGGUAUGUGGUCUGUAACACCAAGCAGAAAGGACGCUGGGGACAGGAGGAGAGGAAGAUGCAUAUGCCCUUCCAGAUGGGCAUUCCCUUUGAGAUCCGCUUCCUGGUGCAGAGCUCUGGAUUCCAGGUGAUGGUGAAUGGAAACUUCUUUACCAACUACAUACAUCGCGUGCCCUUCCACCGCGUGGACAACAUCUCUGUCACCGGCCCCGUGAAGCUGACACACUUCAGUUUCCAGCCUCCAAGUUAUUGGCAGGCCACCGCGGCUCCCAUUACUCAAACUGUGGUCCACACAGUGCAGAGCACCCCUGGACAGAUGUUCCCUAAUCCCGUAAUGCCCCCGACGGCGUACCCCAGCCCCAGCUACCCAAUGCCGUUCUUCACCAGCAUCCCUAGGGGGCUGUACCCCUCCAAGGGCAUCACCAUUUCAGGCACCGUCCUGCCCAACGCUCAGAGGUUCCACAUCAACCUGCGCUCCGGGAAUGACAUCGCCUUCCACAUGAACCCCCGUUUCGAUGAGUACGCCGUGGUCCGCAAUACGCAGAAAAACAACCGUUGGGGGCGUGAGGAGCGUGGCCUGACCCAGAAUAUGCCCUUUGUCCGAGGCCAGGCCUUCUUGGUGUGGAUCAAGUGUGAAGGUCACUGCCUCAAGGUGGCUGUGGACGGUCAGCACCUGUUUGACUACUACCACCGCCUGACGAACCUGCCCGCCAUCAACAACCUGGAGGUGGGAGGCGAUGUCCAGCUGACCCUGGUGCAGACAUAGGCGGGGUUCUGGCCCAGGGACCUCGGGCUGGAGCACGCUGCUGUCUGCAUCUGCUCUUCCCUCCACCUUCCCUGUCCCUGCCGCUGCCCCCACCCUCCCAGCCCUUCCUGGAUCUGGGGCUUUUCUGGAGAGACCAGGUCCUUGUCUGCCCUGCUUCUGGCUGCAGCCAUCCGGGAGUGGAGAAGGCAGCUGGCUUGGAUGCUUUCCUCUGA